AUGACGUUCCCGGAGGAAUGUCCGCCUCUGUUAAGUUACACGUUGAUGUACAUAUUUUAUAGAGGCGCUAUAAAGACAGAGGGACACUGUGUACUUUGUGACCGGUGGAAAAACACAAUGCAACGGGUAGCGAACGCACACAAAGAAAACGGACAUCUUCAGCAAAGGACGUUGCAUUAAAGACCUCUGGAGCCCGGGAAGCUGCAGUCAGCCGAUCAGCCACCUCCAUAGUCAACAGAGCCAAAAGGAACCACAAUCCUGGUAUUAGAAGAGACUGAGACAGAUCAAGUCCCCACUUUGCCGAUAAGCUUCAGAAGGCUAGGGAACAGAUUCCCAAGAUCCUAGGGCCAGGUAAUGUUCAUGUUGCACUGAAGGGAAGUUUGUAUUACUGCUGCGUUGAAGAUGGAACAUCGCUGAGAUUUAACCUAUUUGAAUGUUGCAGGAGUGCCAACCACGGUUUUUAACAUCCCAUAUUCUUAUUUCUUCUCAUCAAGCACCGUUCUCGCUGCGCCCCACCCUUUCUUUUUGCAUGUUGUGCAUUUCAUUUUGCAUUCUGCAAAUAUUUGAAAGGCGUUUGUCUUGCACACACUGAUUAUUCCAUUUUUCUGAUUGAGCUCUCCACAGCUGACAAUCAGGCGUGGGCCAUUGGUGUUGAAUGGGAUAAUUUACCAUUCCAAGUAAAACAAGUGAAGAAACAGCUGCUGCUUUUCUUGGACUCUGUGGAGAACAGCAGUCCACAGCAAUCCGAGCAGCUGUUUCUUCAGUUGUACACUGCAAAGCAAUUUAUUGCAAGAUUCUGGUUGUGGUCCCUCUUGCAGGUGAUCAUGAAUUGCUGCUCCCUCCAUGGCUGUGUCCAGCUGACAGUGACCGCCACACUGCUGCUCCUGCUGGGACAGCUGUCCUGGGGCGCUGAGGGCCCGUCUUCAGCCUCCUUCCUGCAGGACCUGCUGGCUCGCUAUGGGGACAACGAAACGCUCACCGUGCACCAGCUCAAAGCGCUGCUCAACCGUCUGGAUGUGGGCGUGGGACCGGGGACCAACCGCAACAAAACCCAACCGCAGAGCAAGAAUCUAACCAGGUGCUUUUCCUCCUCCACUCUCUUCUCCGCUCACAACCUCUCGGAGACGAGCCGGCUGGAUGGACACGGCCUUCAGGAGUUCUGCCCCACCAUCCUGCAGCAGCUGGAGACCCGGGCUUGCGGGGCGGAGAACCAGGAAAAUGAGGAGGAUGAGCAGGCCCAAGAGGAGGGGAAGCCAAGCGCAGGUGAAGUUUGGGGUUACGGUUUCCUGUGCGUCACUGUGAUUUCCCUGUGCUCCCUGGUGGGGGCCUGCGUGGUUCCGUUCAUGAGGAAAACAUUUUACAAGAGGAUGCUGCUGUACUUCAUAGCUCUGGCUAUCGGGACUCUCUACUCCAACGCUCUAUUCCAACUCAUUCCUGAGGCGUUCGGUUUCAACCCCCUGGAGGAUUAUUAUGUGUCCAAGUCGGCCGUGGUGUUUGGGGGUUUCUAUCUCUUCUUCUUCACAGAGAAGGUGCUGAAGAUGGUGCUGAAACAGAAAGACGGGAAGGGUCACGGGCACAGCCACUACCCGGAGGAGAAGUACGCUUCCAAGGUGGAGCUGGAGGAUGGCGUGAUGGAGAAGCUGCGGAAUGGAGAGCUGGAUCAGCCCCCCCACCCCUGCGAGGAAGAGGACCAGCGCACGCUGACCGCCGAGGGCACGGUCCUGUCUGCAGCCAUGUCCGUACAGGACAUGCAGCAGGGGGCGUGCGUCUGGCUGAAGGGCACUCCAUACUCGGACAUCGGGACCCUGGCCUGGAUGAUCACGCUCAGCGACGGGCUGCACAACUUCAUUGACGGCCUGGCCAUCGGAGCCUCCUUCACCGUGUCCGUGUUCCAGGGGGUGAGCACCUCCGUGGCGAUCCUGUGCGAGGAGUUUCCACACGAGCUGGGCGAUUUUGUGAUCCUGCUCAAUGCUGGGAUGAGUAUCCAGCAGGCUCUCUUCUUUAACUUCAUCUCUGCCUGCUGCUGCUACCUGGGGCUGGCGUUCGGCAUCCUGGCGGGUAGCCACUUCUCCGCCAACUGGAUCUUUGCGCUGGCAGGGGGCAUGUUCCUGUACAUCGCCCUGGCGGACAUGUUCCCUGAAAUGAACGAAGUCAGUAAAGAGGAGGGCAAUGACGGCAACACUCUGGUGGCCUUCGCGAUCCAGAAUGCAGGGCUGCUCACCGGCUUCUCCAUCAUGCUGCUGCUCACCAUGUUCUCAGGGCAGAUCCAGCUGGGAUAGGCCAGGCUUCGGCAUGUUCCGGGAGGGUGUGAUCCGGCUUCUGGGGCACCCCCACCAGCACUGGGGUCUUACAGGGUCUGAUAAGGAUAGGAAAAGGACAUUUUGUGCAUUUGCAGUGUGGGAAAAGCAUUGAAACGCAGAGCGAUGAAGCAGUGAAAAUGAACAAACGACAGAAAACAUUCUUCCACUCGCAGUUAGGCAGUAAAUCUGCUAGUGUUCUUGCACCAUGUGAUCUUCUGUUGAUGUCCAUCCCAGCUCCUGUAGCCAGUAGGAUAGUAAGGGGGUAGUGACUGGCGAAUGUUUAUUGAAGUACAGGAAUAAGAAGAAAUCCUCAUGCCAACAGAAAACGAAAGCAGGAAUACAAGCCGUCAUUCUGCAUAACUGGUUUCCCAGCAAAGGUAUCUCGAUGCUCGACAGCCACAAUCCAUCUUCAAUAGCUCUUUCAGCUAAAGACACUAAAGACUUCUCGUCCUAUAAUAUCUCUGUUCUUUUUGACGGUGGGGCUGUUGGCCUAUCAGGAAGCACACAGUUGGCUGGUAUGUAGGCUUGUGUUCUCGCCCCAUCUAGCCUGAAAUGUAGAGUGGUCUUCCUGUGCCGGGACAGAAUUAGACCGCCUGUCCCAUUCCAAACCAAAAACGAAGCAAUUCUAAAAGGACUCAACGCGGCCUUCGUAUUCUGUUCCAGAAGCAAGCGAUCAAAUGAAAACCUUGUUCAAAGACUCCUCUCAUUUUUAAAGAAAUGUAUUUUAGAUGAAGCAGAAGCAGGAUGGCACAAAUACCAGAAGCCCAGGGGAGUUUAACAGACUUGUACAGAAGAUUAACACAAGCCUUUCUGGGGCUACAGUUUUAAAUAAGAGAGCACCCUGUUUAAACAAGAUUGGGAUGCCAAGGGAAUUAUUUUAAGUGUUGACCCACAAUUUCUGGUUCCCCCUCCCCGACACCAAAGCACAAUGACAGGGGACUGUCUUUGUUUCAAAGGAUGUAAGCAAAGGUUUUUUUGAACAAUGAGCUGAACAUCAACUAGUAUAGAAUAUGUGCUUAGUUGGGUAUUUGUAAUUUGAAGUCUCAAAAAAAAGUGUAGUAAUUUCUGUCUCAUUUAAGUCCUUGUCUUAUAAGCUAGAAGGAAGUUCCAUCAAUGUUGUUGUUUUAUGUGAAUGCUGCAUUGUCAGGGAUAAUUGUACCACACUUGCAGUCUACCUGUACGAUACUGGGGUAUGCAAGCAAAUAUUGCAAUGGUAGUUAUUUAUUUUCUGUACUCGGAACAUCGUUUCUCAGUUGAGCUAUUAUUUUCGACGAGUUUUAAUGUUUUUCGUUUUAAUGAGGAAAAAGCAUAUUGUCAAACAGAUUUGUGUACAAACUGAACAUUUUAAUGCUAAAAUAACAAAUCAUUUGCAUAUUCUCCUGUUUCACAGUAGAAAUGUUAGUCAAAUUUAGCCUGUAUACUGUAAUACUACAGUAUAGAUGUACUGUUAUUGGGGGCAGGUCAAGUCCAGUUUACUUUCCUAAUUAAUGUAUCUGCUCUGAUGGCUCAGUUUAACCAUUUUAAUUCAGAUUUAAAAAACCAGCUGAUAGUUCAGGAAACGUUUAUUUGAAUCAGAUACCCUAAUAUACAGCAUAUCAUGCACUUUGACGCAGGCCAGGGUAGGAGAGUUCAGGCUUCUCGUUGGUUUGAGAGCUGCUGAACUGCGCUACAAUCUGCUCCUUUAAAUAUAAUCAAUAACGGGUUGGCCUCCGUAUGCUACAUUUCUAAAACUAUUUCUAGUUUCGUCAAAAAAAGAACAAAACUUAACCCUUUGCCCGAAUCCUUUAGAUGCUGUUCUACGUGCUCUGAUCUCUUCUGGUUGCCGCGGCUCAUUAAGGAAAGGGGAGCUUUCUUUUGGACCUGCAGUAACGCUGGGAUUCCUGUGGGCUCCAGAAUGGAUUUGCCUGGCUUGUCUGGCUGUUGUUUACACGGUAGUUUAAAACAACUGCUUUGUUAUUGUCGUGUUUUUUUUUUUUUCCCCCAAAGACAAGAUCAGUGUAGCCGGAGAAGCGCAGGUUUGACAGCUGCAUCGUUGCAGACCUAUUGGCAUACACAUAAAGAGUUGAGGCUUUUCAAACGUUUUAUUCCUGAUACUGUGGGCCAAUGUGCAUUUUAGAACGUAGAAUUUUCACGAGUGACUAAGUUGCUGUUAUCAUAUUGAUAACGAGGCGAAGACAAUGAGGUAUAAAUAUCUGCAGUUUGUGUGUAGCGGCUGUGAAGUUUGUAGACCAUUCGAGAACAAAUCCUUUUUUAAAUCCUUGAGUCUAUCUUAAGCUGCCUAUUUAUUCAGGGAUACCAAGUCAUUCUGUAUUUAUUCAUUCGUCUGACCAAAUAGUUGUUGGAUGGUAGUGCUUUUAAAUCAUUACCAAGCAAAAUGUAGAGCCAUUAUUGGCGAGAAUGUGGGCUGAUCAUUUUGAAUUGUUUUCAAGUUGACAAACCUGAUCCAUAAAGCCGUAAGUCCUGAGAGUUGCUGCCUUUUGAAGGAAUACUUGUAUAGUAUGUCCACUGUCCUCAUUUUUAAUUGUGUACCUGCAGAUCAUUUUCAACCAACCCUGCAAAAGUUUGUUCCCGAAAAGACUCCUCAAGCAAGGCGGGGAAGCAUAUCUGAGUCGCACAAUGCAUCACUAAUGAUCUUCAGUGUACAGCGCAACUGGAAUAUGCUUCCCCCUCCACCUCACUUCUCAAAAAGAAGCUGUUUUUUGCAGGAAUACUUAUUUAGUAUGGCCAGCAAAUAAAGAUCUAAAUAAAAACAGCAAUAGAGAAUCUAAUACAAGGCCCAUAAUGCAUUAAACUGGUAAGACAUUUAACAGCAGUAAAAUGUAAGAAGCUAUGAAGUUCACUGUUAAUAUGUAGCUGAUCCUUUUUUCUAUGCAUCAUUCACAGUUUUUUUUUGUUUGUUUAUUAAAAACAUUCAUGGUUUUUUUUAGAAGCCAUAAUUAAAAAAUGACAAUUAAAUGUACCAGGUACAGUGGGUUGCUUUGACUGUAUACGGUCCAUUUGUCUCGUGCUGUGAUCCACAUGUUGCUUAGAAGUGUACAGUAAAGGGGCCCCCUUUGCAUUGUCUUUGCCCUCCUUAUUGAAAGCACCAUGGCACCUCAACACUCGCUGUAGGAGAAGCUCAUUUUCUGGGUGUAAAAUGACAAACUUCUCGCCCACUCGUUCUGCAUUGGUAGUAAAUUGAUUUUUUGGGUACCUUAUAAGGUGACUUGCUUAUUAAAUUAACUGGCAUAUAUUUUAAUACAUUUAUCUAAUCGGGGAUACCAAGAUAUUUAGAUAUGGGUCUACAAAAAAGGCUAAUAAUAAUAAUUAAAAAAAUUUAAAAAUUCCAGGAUUUACUGGGAUUUGAAUUUGAGCAUGUUAUAGGUUUGCUGUAUUAGACUCAAAUCUUCCUAAUAUUUGACCACUAGGGGCUGCUGCAAGCUAUGUUCACACUGAAGACCUUUAUUGUUUAGUUCCACAACACUAUCAAUGUACUUCCUGUUUUGCAGGUAAUAGUUUUACUUGUGUGUCAUGCUACCUGUAGGAAACAAUCUGGGGUUAGGUGGGGUCCUUUUACCUGUAACACAGACAGGAAACCAAGUUUUGCACUACAUUGUUCAAACUUGUGUGUGUGUGUGUGUGUGUGUGUAUAUACACCCCCUUUUAAGAGCAAAUUAUAAGAAAUUAGGCGAGCGAGAGAGUUGGUUUCAUGCAAACUGGGGGUCUUCUUAAAGCUGUACCAAUAUUUCAAAAUGAAUAUGAUGUAUUUAAAUAUUUAUUGCUAAAUCAAAGAACUGUCAGAUUGUUGGUAUCUCUUGCUAAAUGGAGGGACCCUAUUGCUUCUCAGUGUACAGUCCAGAAACGUUAUUUUUGUUUUUGUAAAAUGUUGUAACUUUUCUUAAAAAAAAAACAAAUAAAGUUUAUUGCAGCA